AGUCGCUCGAUGUUAUAUGGCCUCACUUCAUCUUCGGGUGCCUUUGCUUCACGUCCUGCAAACGGAAGCCAAAAAGCCACACGUGACCAAAGCAAAGCAGCUGGAAAUGUCGUAUUGCACAGCGGAAAAAAACCUAGCAGGUAGCGUACAUCAGCUUGGUCAUGAACACGCCUCCUAACAGAGGUCGAGCAGCCUCAGCAGCUACCAAUAGAGGCAGGGGUCGCGGACGUGCCAAGUCUGGAUCGAACAGCCCUUUCGCUGGGCACAACAAUGGCCAAGCCGGCGAUGGAGAUCCAUCGUGGCAGAACUCUCAAUGGUCUCAGCAAGGAAAGCGAGGUAACAACAACCGCAAUCGACCAGUCCAACAGAAAAACAACGCUUUGAACUAUUCGCUUGACGAUUUGCUACCCGGCUCUGACGAAGAAGUGAUUUCCCAAACGACAACGAGGAGCAAGGCACAAACGUUGGACGAACGAGCAGCUAGAUUUUCGGCCAAUGCCAACGCGAAGAAAAUCCAUUAUGAAGAGCUCAAAAAAAUGCGCGCUCACGAACGUGAAGAUGCUAUGAGGAAAGGGUUAAUCGACGAUCCCGACAAACCUAGAAAGCUGCAAGACGCUAUUAAAUUCACAGGAACAUGUCAAGACAUGUGUCCACAGUUCGAGCGUUUGGAAAGAGAGCUUCAACAUGGUUUGGAUCAACUGGAAAAGGACGAACAAGGUAACGCUGACCCGACGAAAUGCGUAAAGACGUACCGACGUUCAGCUGCUGGUAAUGAGCAAGAGCUGCCGUCGGAUGUGCGCCCACCUCCUGUCUUAGAACGCACACUCGACCACCUAUUCAACAAUGUUCUGGGCGAAAAUCCAAUCGAAAAAUGCCAUGUCUUCAUUCGCGAUCGUACUCGUGCUGUGAGAAAGGACUUUGGUGUACAAAAUGUGAAGAACAUGGAUGCCGUUCGGGCCCAUGAGCGGAUUGCACGUUUUCAUAUUCUCUCUCUCCAUGAAAUGUGCGAAUUGGAUGAAGAAAAGUUUAGUGAGCAACAAGAAAAUGAACAGCUCCGCAAAGUUUUGGUCAGUUUGGCACAAUUUUACGACGAUUUGAGCAAAGUCGGUAUCUAUAGCGACAACGAAGCGGAAUUUAGAGCUUAUCAAAUCUUAACUUAUAUACGAGAUCAAGAUGUUGUUCGAUGGGCACAGACUCUACGACUUCCCAUCUUCACGCAUCCUUUGGUUCAAAGGGCUUUAGAGUUUCAUGCUCUGGCACAGCGCAAUAACGAAAUCAUGGGCACAUCUGCACGUCGAAACAAGCCUGCCAAUUGUGAAGCAGCCCAAAACUUCUUCACUCGGUUCUUCAAGAUGGUGGCAGACAAGGAUACCACCUUUCUGAUGGCAUGCAUGUUGGAAGGGCAUUUUCCCGAUAUCCGAAAAGGAGCUAUGAAGGCUAUGAACAAGACGUACAACAUAAGGUACUCUGGAAUAUCGGCAGAAAUAGUACGGCAGAUGCUUGGCUAUGACAGCGUCCAGGAUUGUGUAAAGGAAGCUGAACUUUAUGGUAUCCUAGUCGACCACGCCAGCCCUGUUCCAGUCAUUCAUUUUAGCGGUACUACGUUGAACGGUACCAAAAAGCCUCUGUUCAUCGAACCUCUUUCCAACCCAAAACCCAAAAAGUCACAUUUACUUGUGGAACCUAAGAAGAUCGGACUGACAUUCAGCGACAUUAUAUGUCGAAAUUUGGGCGGUAGUAGUAGUACUUUACCACGAACGUCCAGGGCAAUACCAAUCCUCAGACCAUCUUCCACGACACUUUUUGACGAAUCAAAACGUGUCAGUGCGCCUUCAUUGCCGGCAAAACCAGCCCGGGCCUCAAUACCAUUUACCUCAAUACCACCAGCUACCGCAGCACCUACAAUAUCGACAUCUGCUAGCGUGCAGUCAAAAAAUACCUUACCAAUAACUGCAUCACCCUUUAAAGGCGCAAUCAAACCUGGCUUCUUUGCGCUAGCUAAUGUGGAAGCUUUGGAACAAAAGUACAAACCUUCUCAAAGCAAGGAAAGUGAAGCUGAGAAGUUGAUUGCUAAGCAAAAGGCAGAAGCACUCGCCAAGAAAGAAGCAGAUGAGCAGCUCAAGAGAAAAGAAGCUGCAGAAAAGGCUCGUAUUGAGGAGGAGAGGCGUAGACAGGAAGCAGAAAAAGCCCGACAACUCGCUGAAUUAGAAAGGCAGCGACAAUUGGAGGCAGCUCGUAUACGGGCUGAAGAAGAAGCCACCAUUGCCAAGAAGAAGGCUGAUGAAGAAGCGCAUUUGAAGGUGCUGGCAAAGACACGUAAAAUGGUUAUUGUAUCGCAACUACAAAACCAAAUCUGCAAUGACAUUAUGAAACAAGUCAUCGAACAACAAGUGAAAAAAAUUGCAUUUGCUCGAUACUUUGAACUGACAAAGGUUAAGCGUGUCGUGGAUGUUUGGCGAUAUCGUACAAAUCAAAAGAUAGCUGAACGAAAAGCAGUGGCUGAACGAUUGGAGAAGAUACGACAUACAUUAUCAAAAAUGCAAGUGGCUAAUCCAUCCACUGUAGCUAAAAUACACACCUUGGACGGCGACGUAACGAAUGCGUCUACGGAUGCCAUGAACGAAACCGAUAUGACAGACAAUGGACCUGAAGACAUUGAUGCAUAUUGCAAAGAACUUAUUCGAGAGGUGGAACAGGAAUCACAAUGGCGAGAUCAGCUAUGGCAACAGGAGGAUUAUGCACAAUAUCUCUAUCCCGCUUUACUACCGUCCUUGUCAUCGGUUCCGAACCAUUCACCAUCUACAGUGCAAGCUUGGCAGCUCUUGAUAUGCGUCGAAUACUGGAAUAGUCAGCCUGCACAAUGGAUUAGGCACAAGUUUGACCUCAGCGAGGCGACCGGGAUCAAGCAUAUCCAACAACCCAAAUUGAACAUUACUUUUCAAUCUGUAGCUUCUGAUGCAGAUUUGGACAAAAAGUUGUUCAUCAAUACCGGGGCUAUUAUCUAUCAGCUGUCUGAUGAGAGACAAUCAAAUUCUAACGAUUUAAAGAAUGCUGAAUACUGGAACCAAGAAAAAGAACGAUUUCAUUCAUUUAUGAGACGCAUCCAACAGGCUUCUCCCCAGCUGCGCGUACCUAUUGUUCUUUUAUAUUGGCCGCUACAACCUGGAUUGGAGAAGGAACUGAAAGAGAACAUCCCCUCUAUGCUGAAUGUGUUUACUACCAGUGUGUUGUCUGAGCAUCGAGUCGUGGUCAUGUCACCAAAGAAUGUCUGUGAAGACUUACCUGAGGUCAUCAAAUGGGUAGGACAACAUGGUAGGAAGCCGAAUCAGCUGACCAAGGCACUCAAGGUCGAAGUGGUCAUGGAAAAGUUUUGGGAAGUUAUGAACUGGAGUAUGGCGUACAUAUACCAACGUUUAUCUCAACCUCCGCCUGCUACCGUUGAUGACACCGUGCAAAACAUAAAUCACCUUGUUUCUAUUCAUAACAAGGCGAUAGAUCAUCUGGUGAUAUUAUUUGGAAAAGAGGAUAUGCAUGAUGAUGAUUAUAUGCUUCCUUAUAUGAAACCAAGGCCAUUUGCUGGACGAACCAUAACAAGUGCCGACCUAUAUCUCUUGCACACUGAGUGGCUAUCACAGAUCAAAUUCCAGAUUUCCAAGGUGGAGGUUCCUUCAUCAGCUCAAGACAUGUGUCAUAUCUUUUCCACUGUCAGUGGCAGUGCAUUUCAUGUGAUCCAAAAUGAGAUUAUACAGCAUGGAACAAUGACAAUUAUCGAUACCAACAAGUUUAAACUGGCAUUAGACUCAUUUCAACAUGACGCUUUCCAAAUCUUUCAGGAUGGUUCACACCAAGUUAGAAAACGGAAAUAUCCAAUGGAUACAGGUGGUCUGAGAGUGACCAAAAAGAUGGAUAUCACUACAUCAUCCUCUAGCAUGUUACUGUAAAUUUUACAACACUCCGUUAAAAACCCCAACGUGUACAUAUAAUAAAACAGACUGGAGCCAGUUUGCAUGGAUUGCUAUGUUGUAGCGUGCCAGCGGAUUCUUUCGUGUAGGAGGGUGCCUGAGCGGUUACCAGUCACAGCUUGAACCCGUCCGUUGCGGGGCCAGAGAUUGUUGCUGGGUCUUGGUUGACAAAAGUUCCAACCAGCCAUGUCGUCAGCCAACUAUG